AUGAAUGUUCUGUCUUGUGCUCAGGUUCGCACUCUUGAUCUGAGUUUCAACCAGUUCUCUGGUUUCGUUCCGGUUCAAAACCUCUCCGGUUUGCCCAAUUUGACCCGUUUGAAUCUCUCCUACAACCGGUUCUCGGAGGAACAUAUCUCGGAUUCCGACUUCUUCAAACGGUUUAACGCCUCGAGUUUCAUACAGUCCGGUGUUCUUCCCAAUGCCAAGCGUUACAAGAUGAAAGUUUUGGUCUUGUUGAUUCUGUUUCCGAUAAUGGUGAUUUUGCUCUGUUUUUGCUUGGGAUGGUUGUGUCUCAAAAGACCUGAUUACUUGCCAAGAACUUGUCGGAGAAGCCACAAGUUCACAUCCGCGAUUCUCGAGGCAGCCACCGACGAGUUUUCAGAUCAGAAGCUUGUGAGCAAGAGCAAUGGAGUCGAUAUCUUCAGAGGCACGUUAAAGGACGGGACAGAGGCAAAGAUCGAGGUUUACACGGAGAAGGUUUCAAAAGAGAAGAGGACUGCGUUCGCUGAGGAAUGCGAGGCGGUUUUUAAGCUGAGACACAAGAAUCUGGUGAGAGUUUUGGGUUGGUGUAAUAGCAGAAACAUGAGAGCUUUGGUUACGGAGUGGACUAAUGGAGAAAAUGUUGAGAAUUGGCUAAAUUCUUCAUCGGCUUCUUCGUGGAGAAGAAGAUUAAGAGUGGUUAUGGGAGUUGUUGAAGGUAUUUUCUAUCUUUCGGAGGAAUGGCCUGAGAUUACAUUUGAUCUCAGCACAAGCAGUGUUUUGUUGUCUGAUGGUGAUCAAGAACCGUUGAUUUCUCAAUUCAGGAUUGGAGAUGGAAACAAUUCAUCAACAAAUAUAUUCAACUUUGGAAUGUUUCUUUUGGAGAUGAUUACAAAUCUAAGGCAUGAUGAGGAACAAGAAGAUUCGGAGAGGAGGUAUCUUGAGUAUAUAAGAGUUCAUUAUCCGGAUAAUCUUGGGAGAGUGAUUGAUGAGAAGAUGAAGAUUGAGGACAGAACGGUGGAGAAAGUCAAGCAAGCGAUCACACUUGGACUUACGUGUACUGAUAAGCCACCAUUGAAGCAGCCAAGCUUGACGCAGAUUUAUGACAUGGUUACUUCUUUGUAUGAGUCUAGCUCAAGGCAUCACUAA